AUGUCCCUCAUCCAUCCAUCCCACUACCCAACCCCAUGUCCCUCAUCCAUCCAUCCAUCUAUCCAUCCCACUACCCAACCCUGUGUCCCUCAUCCAUCCAUCCAUCUAUCCAUCCCACUACUCAACUCUGCAUCCCCAUCUAUCCCGCCACCCAACCCUGUGUUCCCCAUCCAUCCCAACAUCCAACCCUGCAUCCUCAUCCAUCCAUCCAUCCAUCCUGCCACUCAACCCUGCGUUCCCAUCCAUUCACCCAUCCCACCAUCCAGCCCU